GGCCUUGCCACGUGCAUUCCAUCGUCAGCCAUGACGACCCGCCGACGCCCGAACCCGACUGCUGUGCUCGCCGUGCCCGAGCUCGUCGAGCUCAUGGCUCGCUACGUCCAGCACAUUUGGUCCUUGACCGAGUUCAUUGCUUCGCUGCCGCCUUCGGCCGUGACGCCCAGCUUGGCUGCCAUUGCGGCGCUGGCCGCGCUACCCGACGUCGUCCGCAUCCAGUGGCCCAAGGUCUAUGUCCUCUCGCGCCCUGACGACGCGACGCUGCAGCACCUGCUCGAGGCACAAGCGCUCGGCGCGAUCGUAGCCAUGAAGGACACGAACAGAGACGACCACGACGUCUGGACGCCGCGGGAGCUCCUCCGUCGGCUCCAGCCCGUCGUCAACCACGUCACGGUCGUCACCAACCUGAGUCACAUCCAAGCGCUGCAAAGCAUGCUUUGCGCAUGCCCACGCCUGCACAGCCUCGUCUUGGAGCACUCGCAUCACUGGGCCGACAUCACCAUGUCCAUGGUCGCCGGUGUCUUUGCCACGCUCCCGCUCGCGCAGCUGAGAACGCUCGUGCUACGCGGCAAGUUUCCCGCGUCCGCCGCAUCGGCCAUUGCGGCCAUGCUCACGAAAGGCUCGUGCACACGCCUUGGAUUUGCCAACGCCGAGUUCGUCGACUUGCCCGCCGCCGACGCCGCCAAGUUGUGCAAGGCGAUCGCAGCCUCCACGACGCUGCACGACCUCUGCCUUGAAAAGACAAACGACAUUAGCACACGCUUCUUCCAACAAGAGAAGCUGCCCCAUCAGCUGCGGCACUUGCGUCUUGACGUGUCGACCCCACGCGAACUCUUCUUCCGCGACUGCUCCGAUGCCGUCAUGACGAGUGUAGCGUCGAUGCUGCGCCAAGCGCCGCGCCUCACGCAGCUCGAAGGCCGCUUCGUGACGCAGCUGGCCGAGACGCACGAGGCCUUGGCCCGGCUCGAGACCCUGCGCAUCGAGCUCUGUGCGCUGGAUACAAAGAUGUUGAACCGACUCGUCGCGAUCGCGCCGCGGCUCGUGUCGCUGCGGCAGCUUGAUCUGCACGAGUUUAGCGUCAGCAAACUCAUCGGCGCGUCCCUGGCGACGGCGCUGACGCAGUGCCCGAAGCUGCAAUACUUGAGCGCGGUUGCCGACACGAUGGAGGCGAUGACGUGGCUGGCCACGGCGCUCUCGGGCUGCCCACAGCUGCACGCGAUCAAGCUGCACCUGUUGACGCGCUGCUUCGACGACCUCGUCGAGCUCGUGAGAACGCUCCAGGCGGCGUCGCCGGCCUUGCGCUGGAUCGUCCUUGAGAAGCAAGCGUGGCCGAUCUCGAGCCAGGCGAAGAAGGUCAAGACGCUCGCAGCGAUGAAUGUGACGCUUCAGUACGUGGAGAUGGACAUGUGCGGCGAGCGAGAGCGGGAUACGUACGCGUACUGGGACGCCAAGGCCGCCGAGCACAAGCGCCUCGUGGUGUUUCUGUACUAUUGCCCCAAGUACCGCUUUGUCUUUGAUUAA